GGGGAAGAGGGUUGUAUGGAUGGAUCACAUUAGUAUUCCGGUCCUAUCAAUGUGCUGGGCCGCGAAGAACGUCAGCGGACCGAUUCCCUGCGUCCGCCAGUCCCGCCACAGAUUCGUUUGGGAUCCUCGAACAGAGGAGCCCAUAGAGACAAGGGAUCAAGGCAGCAGAUUAGAGCCAAUUGCCUGCUUCGGGGACUGCCAGCCCUUCCAGGCCUGGCGACAGGGGAGGGAGGGGAAAGACGAGCCCAGCUCCUCUGCGGGAAGACACUGAAGCAAGAGCUACACUCGCCCCCCUCCCCUCGCCCCCCACCUUGCAGCACAAGCUUUGAAAGCUGCUCCCCCAUCUGAAUGGAAACUCGGAACCGCGGGGAGGCGCGUUCCUUCUCGUCCAGCCUUGCAAUCUAUGCCGAGGGGAAGGUGGUGCGAGCCAGCGCCAGUGCUCAGCUCCCGGGACAGGGUCGGCAAUGCUGCUGAGCAGAACUUGACUGAGCCUCUUCCUCGCUGCUAGUUGAAGCGAUGCUGCACCGCACAGCCAGCGCUUCCCUGGCUCUCCUUCAAGCUGAAGGUUAUCCACCCGCGCAGCCAGCCCCAACCCUGUGAGUGCCGCGCCUCUGGUUCUCGCUCCGGCUGCUCAGCGGCAGCGAGCAGGGCAACGACUGGGCCGCCCGAGCUGGGGCGCACUGCACCAGUGGCUUCGGCUUCGUGGAUGUGUAUGCAUGAGUUCUGCACCGAAUGGGCGCAAAAAGCGCCCCAGCCGGUCCACCCGCUCCUCGAUCUUUCAGCUCAGCAAGCCCCAGCUGCAGAGCGGGGAGUGGGAACGCAGGGGCAGUGGCUCCGAUUGCGCCCACAAAACACAGCGAACCCUGGACGACUGCAAGAUGCUUGUCCAAGAGUUCAACACGCAAGUGGCCCUGUUCCGAGAGUUGGUGAUUUCUAUUGGGGACGUCUCAGUCAGCUGCCCCUCACUCCGGACGGAAAUGCACAAGACAAGAACCAAAGGCUGUGAAAUGGCCCGUCAGGCGCACCAAAAACUUGCAGCCAUCUCAGGCCCGGAAGAUGGUGAGAUCCACCCAGAAAUCUGCCGGCUUUAUAUCCAGCUGCAGUGUUGCUUAGAAAUGUACACAACAGAGAUGCUAAAGUCCAUCUGCCUGCUGGGGUCUCUUCAGUUUCACCGGAAAGGAAAGGAGGCUGGUGGGGGAACCAAGAGUCCGGAUUGCAGAAUUGAGGAGAGUGCUGAAGCGCCUGCUCUGGAGGACUCCUCAUCUUCCCCCGUAGAUAUUCAGCAACAAUCCUGGCAGGUUUCCACAGACAUUGAGAAUACUGAAAGAGACAUGAGAGAAAUGAAAAACCUUUUAAGCAAACUCAGGGAAACUAUGCCUUUACCACUGAAAAAUCAAGAUGACAGCAGCCUUCUAAAUCUAACUUCCUACCCCCUGGUGAGAAGACGGAAGAGAAGGUUCUUUGGGUUAUGUUGUCUCGUCUCCAGCUAGACAAUGCCUCCUGGAAACCCACCCCAGGGCAGGCCGGAAAAAAAUCACAGAAGCCGAGGACCUCCAGACAGCUGAACCACAGUUAUUGGUUUUUGACUAUGUUUUCUAUGCUUCAUUAUUACUUUUAUCUGCCACUCUCUGUCCUUGUAAAUGAUUUUACAUUUGAAAGAAGCUGCUGUCAAGCGGGAAAAAAACCAGAUUCAAAAAGUAGGCUGUUUUUAAAAGGAUUUUUAAAGCCAACAUUGUGCAUGUCUGCUCCAAAGCAUACCAUGACAGAUGCAAGAAUUAUGAUUUUUAAAUUAUUUAAAGGUUUUUAAAAAUGUAUCAUACAGAGAAAAAUUAUUUCCUGUAUAAUAGUAUAUCUAUAGCUCUCACAUCUUAUGUUAACAAUUUAUCAUAUAUGGAAGAAGUCCUUUGACAUAGAAAUCUGUUUCAAACUACAAAACUGUGUUCAAAAUCCAGUCUAUCAAUAUCAUUAGAAAUAAUAUUAUAAGCAAACAUACCACCUCACCUAUUGCUUUCUUUGCUUUCAUUUACAUUUAGUCUUCCAUUCUGUCAGAAUCUAAGAGCUUCAACUGAAAAAUAUCUUAAUUUAUAAUGCAAGAAAAACCAUAUAUGAAAAGUAUUUAAAUUUUGUAAAUACACAAUAAUCCUAAUACCUUCGUUCAAUGCAUAUGGGCAACUAAUUUCCUUUUGAUCCAAUGGUGUCUUUUUCAGCUUCUUGGAGAAUGAAGUAAUCCAGUUAGGAAAUGGUGUAGUAACAUAUACAACUGCCCUCAAAUGUAAAAUUUGAAUAUUAUCACAUUUUGUUCUAAUUGAAAUCUGAAGCAUGAAGUCUGCACAUCAGCAUAGUGUUAACUCUUUUAGGGCAUGCUGGAAUUAGCUCAGAUCGUACAAAUAUUUAACAUUUUACAUUGUUAAUAAAAUCUUUUUAGUUCA